AGUUGGCAAAGCAUUCUAGCAGUUGUAGUAAAUGACGCCAUAAUGCAUAUCGCUUAUUGACUGACAUGGCAAAUUUCGCUGAAUAAGGCUGAAACUGGUUAAAUCCUCAAAUCAAAGAACAGCAACGAAAGAAAAUGGUCCUCGGCUGGCAAAACAUCACUUUGGCGACAGUCUUUUCGGUUCUUCUUGUCGCCAACAUUGUUUUAAAUUUCCUGGUAUUUCUAGCCGUCCACAAAACACUAUAUCUCAAGACACCGAUGAACUAUUUAAUAGCAAAUUUAGCACUGUGUGACAUUCUUAUAGGGUUGUUUAUCUUCCCGCGACAUGUUAUUGACAAAGCGUUUAGUCACCCUGGAGGGGAGGUAGGGAAUUAUCUCUGUAAGUUGCUAACAGGUGGAGGGUUUCUCUGGACAAGCGUCACUGCAUCCGGGUUCUUCUUUACAGCGAUCGCCGUCGAGCGCUACGUUGGGGUAGUGUAUCCAGACUCCACUCGGCUCAGAAUAAAAAAUCGUGGCGUCAAGAAACUCGCAGUUUUGCUUUGGAUAUUCGCUUUUACUUUUAACUGUCCAAGCUCGUUGUCAAUGAGAUACGACGAGACAAAUGAUUUCUGCCUGGAAAGCUGGCCGGAUUGGUUCUCCCCUAAAGUAUACGUCACAGCAGUUUUUCUCAGUGGCACCAGUUCCGUGUUCUUCAUCCACGUCCUUUUUCGCGUUCGCACGCGAAUAACUGUUAUGCUUGCAUUAAUGGCAAUUGUACUUACAAUAUGUCGCACACCGAACUAUGUGUUCUAUCUCAUGACAUACUUUAAUGCCGAUUUCGUGUAUGGUUCGUAUGUGUAUAAACUUACAGUUAUUCUGAUACUGGCCAAUUCUCUAUCUCAUCCUCUCUUGAUCCUCUGGCAGAUGCGCACGAUUCGACGAGCAGUCUCAAAGAUCUUUAAAGGAAUGCGCACGUGCUGUGGUUGAGAGGUGCUUAAUGCUGCGCAAGAAACGAAAUCAUUUGACCGGUGUUGCACGUUCACACUGUGCUUCCCCUGCCUGUACAGUCCUGCUAGAGAAUGUAAUUUGUGACAAACGAGGAACGAGUUUGGGAUAAAUUAAUAUUUUGCCGGCACGCGCCCUUAUGCACGUGCAACUGCAGCGUGUGUCCUUAGGGAGAACAGAGUAUAUAAGUAGGUUAUAAGUGUGAGAACGUUGUCUAAGGUCAGCCACGCAACACAAGCCAAGUUCGGUUUAGAAGUCAGCACUACUCAGGAAGAAAUGAAUGARGACAGAGUUCGACAAAUUGUUCAGGCCAGCCAGAACGAGAUCCUCGACCAAAUGCGACAUAUAGCUGCAUCUGUGAUAGAUCUGAAGAGAUCAAACGAAGAAUCAUCGACUCAACAGCUUCAACAGAUAAAGAAGAUCCGUCGCGAAAGCCAGCCUACGUUCAAAAAGAAGAGCAACGAAGACCAAUAUAAAACAAACAAGUCAGUUUUAGAGACCAUCGAAGAUGCACAAGCAGCAGUCGUGGCAAAAGACUUGGAAAAAGU